AUGCAACCGUGGAACUUCCAUCAGUACAGCGGAGUGAAUUGGCGUGAUUAUUACGACCCUGUCUCCUUUUAUCAAUGGCGACGCAAAGCAAACGAAUUGCAUCAAUCUCUAUUCGGGUACCCUGUCAAGGACAAAUUUUCCGUCUUACUCAGCACAUAUAACCCUGAACGCAUUGAACAUCUUUCGCUAUUGAUUCAGCACUUGUUACGGUCCAAUUAUGUGCACACUGUUUUUAUUACCUGGCAUAACCCGGCAUUGGAGGUCCCCGCGUCUCUCUUGGAAGGAGUCAAGGACGCAUCUCGUGUCAAAAUUCUUCCUCAAGAAUUUGAUUCACUGAACAACCGCUUCAAUCCUGUCGCCGAAUUGCAAACAGAAGCUGUCUACAUCUUGGACGAUGAUAUCUUUGUCGACUUGAAAGAUCUUGCGUUUACCUUUAAAGUGUGGCAAUCUCGAAAAGACAGCGUGGUGGGUCAUUUCCCUCGAUAUCAUUCGUAUGAUCCGGAAACGUACAAAGCCGUCUACAAGGUCCCAUUCCGUGAAAACAAAUACAGCAUGGUGCUAACCAAAAGCAUGUUUAUCCACUCCGAUUACCUCUUUGCCUACACUUGUGUUCUCGACUCGGCUCUCCAUCAUCACGUUGAUAAUAUUUUGAAUUGUGAAGACAUAAGCUUUUCCAUGAUGGCUUCAGGUCUCUCUGCCGCUGGACCGCUGGCGGUCUUGCCCAACCGACCGAUCAGCGACUUUGGCUUGAAGAAUGGUAUCAGCACCAACUCGGGUCACAUGCCCGCACGUUCCCAGUGCGUGUCCGACCUCAUCACUCACUUUUGGAACAAGCAAGAUCCACUUAUCUAUGCUCAAGAAUCCGUGAUUCCUUAUCGUCGUCCGACCUUGCGACGAGGUUCAUGGUCGGGUAUCCGAUCGCAAUUACGCAGCUACCGAAAUAAUUAA